AUGGCUCCCGGUCUCAUCGAGCGACUCCAGCAGAAGAUUGAGCUUUUCAGGCUCGAGCAGCGUUACACCCGCCGCCGCCAUCGCCGUUCCACCUUCGUCUCCAACGCCGUCUACGUCGAUGGCGAGUACAUCUACAACACCCCCAACACCACAGGCUCCUCCAGCGCCACCAGCUCGACCAAGCACUCCCAGCAGAGCACCGGCAGUGCCGCAUCAGCCAGCGCCUCACCGGAGAAGCCCGGCAAGCGUCUAAACCGCUUCUCUUCUAUGCCAGGCUUUGGCUCCCUCGCCAAGAGGGACAACACCGUCCAGGACUGGCGGACCACCAGAGUCAGCGUUGACGAGGUCCGGUAA